ACUUACUCUUUGCUCUGCAAAUAACUCUUAUUUGCCCUGUUUAAUCUUUACCAGUGGACGUUAACUUAAAUACUAGAAAGCAAAUGAAUGAGGGAAGAAGCACUGGGAAAGAAAAGUCCAGCACAAACUGUUCAGGACAAUGAAGUCUGCACUGUAUUUGUGUUUGCUGCUUCUUGGACUUCAAGUCCAGGGUCAACAGCAGGUACAACAAGUACCAGGCCCAGAAGAGCAGUCCCAGGCUGAUCAUGAAAACUUGCCUCAUGUCAAGCUAGCCCCCAGCAAUGCUGACUUUGCAUUUAAGCUUUACAAGCAGAUCCGAGAUGAGUCGGGCAACAGGAACAUUUUCUUCUCUCCUCUGAGUAUCUCCACUGCCUUUGCAAUGCUCACCCUGGGGGCCAGAUCAAACACGCUCAGAGAGCUGCAGAAAGGCCUUGGCUUCAACCUGACACAGAUGGAGGAGCAGGAGAUUCACGAGGGAUUUCAGCGCAUCCUCCAGCUGCUGAACGACCCUCACCGAGAAGACCAGCUGAACAUGGGCAAUGCCCUGUUCAUAGAUAACAAAGUUGAAUUGCUUCAAAACUUUUUGGACCGUGUCACCAAUUUUUACUAUGCUGAACCUGUUUCUAGUAACUUCCAGAAUCUUCCACAGGCUAUAAAGGAAAUCAAUACGUAUGUGGAAACAAAAACGCAUGGCAAAAUUGUUGAUUUACUCAAGGACCUUGAUUCAGAAACCGUGAUGAUUCUCAUUAACUACAUUUUCUUUAGAGGCUCCUGGGAAAGACCUUUCAACAGUUUAAUCACAAAAGAUGAUGACUUCUUCUUGGAUGCCAAGAAUUCUGUUAAGGUCAAAAUGAUGCAUCAAAACGAUGACUUUAAAGUCCACAGGGAUGAGAAGUUGUCUUGCUGGGUAGUAGAAAUGCCAUACAAAGGAAAUGUUACUGCAUUGUUUGUUCUGCCCGAUAAAGACACAAUGAAACAGGUGGAAGAUGCUCUGUUAAAAGAAACGGUGUCUAAUUGGUUGAGAGCACUUGAAGAAAGAGAAAUCUACUUGGAUCUUCCAAAAUUCUCUAUCUCCGGCUCCUAUGAUGUUAAGAGCCUGUUUAAGAAAAUGGGUGUGACAGAGGUGUUCAGUGAUCAGGCUGAUCUCUCUGGAGUGGCAAAAGAUCAUCUUCUGAAGGUUUCCAAAGCAAUUCACAAGGCCACAGUGGAUGUCAGAGAGAAUGGCACAGAGGCUGCUGCAGUGACUAUGUUAGGAUUCCAAUUUCUGAGUGCACCACUUACUCCUCCUCCUCACAUCACCUUCAACAGCCCCUUCCUGAUGAUGAUUAUUGACAAAACCACUGAUGGCCUGCUCUUCCUAGGGAAAAUUGUCAACCCAACAGCUAAGGAAGACUAGGCCAGAGCACUUAAACUCUCCAGUGCAGAGAAGAGAGCUUGUGCAUAUCCCAGGAAUUUCUUUGUAAAGAAGAACUGAUCUGACACAUAAUUAGCAAACAAAUAAAUUAAUAAAUCUUC